UAUCCUUUCUCCAAAAUGAUAAUUACUUCUUGAUGUUAUAUCACUGUUAAUGAAAAUAAGUAAGAGUUGUUUGACUAAAAUUACCUUUCCCUCUAACAAUUUUCAUGCUCUUGCUUCUAUGUUGAUACCAUCUUCACGGCUCUCCAAUCAUUAUCAUGUUUUUCAAGACAUUUCCUGGAUGGAUUUGUAAUUUGAAAAAAUACAGAAACGUGACUAUGAAGGGUUUCUGUGUUCGCUACUGUUGCCUGCAGAAUCCCGCACUUCUGCUUUUGCACUGAGAGCCUUUAAUGUGGAACUGGCUCAGGCAGAUUAAAGAUUCUAUAACACAGAAGACUACAGGUUUGAUGCGAAUGCAGUUUUGGAGGAAAGCUGUGGAAGAUAUAUACUGUGAUAACCCACCUCAUCAACCGGUUGCUAUAGAACUAUGGAAAGCUGUCAAAAAACAUCAGUUGACUAAAAUGUGGCUUAUGAAGAUCAUUGAUGAACGAAUUCAUCCUCAUUCAUGUUCCAUGGUCCAACUACAGGAAAAAAAUUUGGAUGAUAGAGCAUAUCGUAACAUCCAAGAGCUUGAAACUUAUGCUGAGAACACUCAGAGCGCUCUCUUAUAUCUCACAUUGGAAAUGCUGGGUGUGAGGGACAUCCAUGCAGAUCAUGCAGCCAGUCAUAUUGGGAAAGCACAGGGUAUAGUCACCUGCUUGCGAGCAACUCCAUAUCACAUCAACAGAAGAAAGGUUUUUCUCCCUAUGGACAUUUGCAUGUUGCAUGGUGUUUCACAAGAGGAUUUCAUAAGAUGCCAUCAAGAGAAAAAUGUGAGAGAUGUAAUUUAUGACAUUGCCAGUCAGGCACACAUCCAUCUAGAACACGCCCGAUCCUUCAGUAAAAAUGUUCCUGGUAAAGCACUUCCUGCCUUUCUCUGUACAGUUGCAUUAGAGGAUUAUUUAUAUAAAAUACAAAAAGUAGAUUUCAACAUAUUCCAUCCAAGCUUACAUAAGAAGAGUGUAUUACUACCACUGCAUUUGUAUAUUAGAUCGUGGAAAAAAACAUAUUAAAAAUGUACUGAGCACAUGA